AUGUAUUCUGAUCCAUACAAGAACAACAACCACAAUAACAUCAACAACUCCAACAACAACCACAAGCACAACAACAUCAACAACUCCAACAACAGCCACAUCAACAACUACACCAACAUCAACCACAAUUACAUCAACAACUCCAACAACAACCACAUCAACAACUACACCAACAUCAACCACAAUUACAUCAACAACUCCAACAACAGCUACAUCAACAACUACACCAACAUCAACCACAAUUACAUCAACAACUCCAACAACAGCCACAUCAACAACAACUCCAACAUCAACCACAAUAACACCAACAACUCCAACAACAACAACCACAAUUACAUCAACAACAACUCCAACAACAGUCACAUCAACUACACCAACAUCAACCACAAUUACAUCAACAACUUCAACAACAACCACAACAUCAACAACUACACCAACAUCAACCACAAUAACAUCAACAACUCCAACAACACCACAUCAACAACUACACCAACAUCAACCACAACAACAUCAACAACUCCAACAACCACAACAUCAACAACUACUCCAACAUCAACCACAAUUACAUCAACAACCACAACAUCAACUACACCAACAUCAACCACAAUAACAUCAACAACUCCAACAACAACCACAAGCACAACAACAUCAACAACUCCAACAACAACCACAACAUCAAUAACUACACCAACAUUAACCACAAUUACAUCAACAACAACUACAACAACAACCACAACAUCAACAACUACACCAACAUCAACCACAAAUACAUCAACAACUCCAACAACAACCACAAGCACAACAAAAUCAACAACCACCACAAACACAACAUCAGCUACACCAACAUCAACCACAAGUACAUCAACAACAACUCCAACAACAACCACAACAUCAACAACGACACCAACAUCAACCACAAAUACAUCAACAACAACUCCAACAACAACCACAAGCACAAUAACAUCAACAACCACCACAAGCACAACCACAUCAACAACUACACCAACAUCAACCACAAUAACAUCAACAACAACUCCUACAACAACCACAACAUCAGCUACACCAACAUCAACCACAAUAAUAUCAACAACUCCAACAACAACCACAACAUCAACCACAAUUACAUCAACAACAACUCCAACAAAAACUCCAACAACUCCAACAACAACAUCAACAACUACACCAACAUCAACCACAACAACAACUCCAACAACAACCACAAGCACAACAACAAACACAACAGAACCAUGUUAUUGUGAAGAUCCAUUUUUGAAGAAGAAAUGGAAUUGUGAUGCAACCUGGAAUGAGAGCUGUUAUAACUACACUUGUUUUAAUAAAACCAUUAUAAAACAACCAUACUCAUGCCCCAAAACUGUGAAACCUGUGUGCCCCAGAAACUCAGAACCUAAGAAGAUCACUGAUGGCUGUUGUGAGACAUGGGAUUGUGAUUGUCUAUGUGAAGUUUAUGGAGACCCUCACUAUGUGACAUUUAGUGGAACUCAAUACACCUUCCUGGAAAACUGUACUUAUACCCUAGUCGAGGAGAAGAUUCCAAAAUAUAAUUUUUCUGUUGCAGUAGACAACUAUUACUGUAUUUCAGGAAGCAGGGCAUCUUGUGCUAAAGGGAUUAUAUUAAGAUAUGAAGAAAAUACUGUGGCUCUAACCAUAGUAAACAAAGUCAUUGUGUCUACAUUUAACAAAGCUACUGUGAAACCUCCGUAUGAAUCCAAUGGAAUAAGACUUCUGACAACAGAAAACAUAGUUAUGAUUUUUAUUGACAAGAUUAGAUCAACAGUAUCACUAACUCCACGCAACAGGGUCGAAGUGAAAGUAGCAAUGCAGUAUUUUAAAAACAAUACACAAGGACAAUGUGGUGUGUGUGGUGGAAGCUCCUGUGUACGUCGACAUGGUGAAACAGAGAGUGAUUCCUGCUGUGAUAAGACUGCUUAUGACUGGCUGUACGAUGAUCCUCAGAAACCCUAUUGUAAAUCUGCUCCCCAAAACAUAUCCUGUACGACACCUUCACCUCAACCUCCUCCAACUAUUUGUUCCCCACCUGAAAACACAUGUGAAAUACUUAAUCAUGAAAUCUUCAAUGAAUGUCAAAGGAAAGUGAACCUAAGAAUGUAUGAAGAAAGCUGCAUAUUUGACUUUUGUCAGUCAGAAAAUAUAACCAUUAUCUGCUCCUCACUUGAACAAGCAGCAAAACGUUGUAAGGACAGAAAUAUCUGUGUGGACUGGAGAGGCCUUACUAAAGGAGUCUGUGAUCUUAAAUGCCCAAAUGGAACAGUUUUCCAUGAAUGUCGCAAUACAACGGAUGGUUAUUGUCAAGGAACAGAACGUAAAUCUGGGGAGUAUCUGAAAGAAUUCGUAUCUGGAUGUUUCUGCCCUGACAAUAUGCUUCGUGCAGAAAAACAUAAAGACAUUUAUGUUUCAGACUGUUCCA